AUGGCUCAAAAUGGUCUGGCCCUGGCACAUUUGUCUUCUUGGUGGAUUAACAGCAAGUAUGGGGACAUCCUCCCAUGUUGCCCUCUGUGUGAGCUGCACAGCUUUGGUGGUAGUAACGUUAAUCCACCAUCAGACUUGAAUUUUACAAUUAUAGAUGAACAUAAUGUUCAAAUGUCAUGGAAAAGGCCACCAGAUGCAAUAGUGGGUUACAGGAUAACUGUGGUUCCAACAAAUGAUGGGCCUACUAAAGAAUUUACUCUUUCACCUAGUACUACCCAAACUGUCUUAUCAGAUCUUAUACCUGAUAUAGAGUAUGUUGUAUCAAUAGCUUCAUAUGAUGAAAGAGAGGAGAGUCUACCUGUUUUUGGCCAACUGACAAUUCAGACAGGUGGUCCGGGGAUACCAGAGGAAAAGAAGGUUGAGACUCAAUUACAAAGAUGCUCCAUAAGUGCAAUGACAGAUUUAGUUUUCCUGGUAGAUGGUUCAUGGAGCGUAGGGAGAAAUAACUUCAUAUAUAUUCUGGACUUCAUGGUGGCCCUUGUAUCAGCUUUUGACAUUGGGGAAGAAAAGACGAGAGUUGGAGUUGUUCAGUACAGUUCCGAUACAAGAACAGAGUUCAAUUUAAAUCAGUAUUUCAGAAGAAGUGAUCUUAUUGAUGCAAUUAAAAGGAUACCUUACAAAGGUGGCAACACAAUGACAGGUGAGGCUAUUGAUUACCUGGUACAGAACACCUUCACUGAGUCUGCUGGAGCAAGAAAAGGCUUUCCCAAAGUAGCAAUUGUCAUUACGGAUGGAAAAGCUCAAGAUGAAGUCGAAAUUCCCGCAAGAGAGCUGCGCAACAUAGGAGUUGAAGUUUUUUCUUUGGGAAUCAAAGCAGCAGAUGCAAAAGAGCUCAAGCUAAUUGCAUCUCAGCCUUCACUGAAGCACGUGUUCAAUGUGGCUAAUUUUGAUGGGAUUGUGGAUAUUCAGAAUGAAAUUAUCUUGCAAGUCUGUUCCGGUGUUGAUGAACAACUAGGGGAACUGGUUAGUGGAGAAGAAGUGGUGGAGCCUCCUUCAAAUCUAGUGGCCACUCAGAUCUCCUCAAAAUCUAUUAGGAUCACUUGGGAUCCAUCCACUAGCCAAAUAACUGGCUAUCGGCUGCAGUUCAUUCCGAUGAUAGCAGGUGGAAAACAACAUGUACUGAGUGUGGGUCCUCAGACUACUGCUCUGAAUGUUAAAGAUCUCUCUCCGGACACAGAGUAUCAGAUUAAUGUUUAUGCAAUGAAAGGACUGACUCCCAGUGAGCCAGUAACGAUAAUGGAAAAAACACAACAAGUAAAAGUUCAAGUGGAAUGCUCACGUGGUGUGGAUGUAAAAGCUGAUGUUGUGUUUUUAGUGGAUGGUUCCUACAGCAUUGGUAUCGCCAAUUUUGUUAAAGUAAGAGCCUUUUUGGAAGUGUUAGUUAAAAGCUUUGAGAUAUCGCCUCGAAAAGUACAGAUAAGUCUUGUCCAGUACAGCAGAGAUCCCCAUAUGGAGUUUUCUUUGAACAGAUACAACAGAGUGGAAGAUAUAAUUCAGGCUAUUAACACCUUCCCCUACAGAGGUGGAUCUACCAACACAGGGAAAGCGAUGACAUAUGUGAGGGAGAAAGUAUUUGUUACCAGCAAAGGAUCAAGACCAAAUGUGCCGAGAGUCAUGAUUCUUAUUACUGAUGGAAAAUCGUCAGAUGCUUUUAAAGAACCUGCAAUAAAGCUGAGGGAUGCAGAUGUAGAAAUAUUUGCAGUUGGUGUGAAGGAUGCAGUGCGGACAGAGUUAGAAGCAAUCGCAUCACCUCCUGAAGUAGAAGAUUUUGAUGCUUUUCAAAGAAUAUCAUUUGAACUUACACAAUCUGUCUGCCUACGGAUUGAGCAGGAACUGGCUGCUAUAAGGAAAAAAUCUUACGUGCCUGCAAAGAACAUGGUCUUUUCUGAUGUAACAUCUGACAGUUUCAAAGUGAGCUGGUCUCCAGCUGGAUCUGAGGUUUUGUCGUAUCUCAUUAAAUAUAAAGUCGCGGUCGGUGGAGAUGAAUUCAUUGUGUCAGUACCAGCUUCAAGUACUAGCUCAGUUCUCAUCAACUUGCUCCCUGAAACGACUUAUGCAGUCAGUGUGAUUUCUGAAUAUGAAGAUGGUGAUGGCCCUCCCUUGGAUGGAGAGGAAACCACCUUAGAAGUUAAAGGUGCUCCUCGAAACUUAAGGAUAACAGAUGAAACGACUGACAGCUUUGUAGUUGGCUGGACUCCAGCUCCAGGAAAUGUCCUACGGUACAGGCUUGUAUAUAGACCACUUACUGGAGGAGAAAGGAGACAAGUGACUGUCUCAGCAAAUGAAAGAUCAACUACGCUGCAGAAUUUGAUCCAAGAUACAAGAUAUGAAGUGUCUGUUAUUCCUGAGUAUCAGUCUGGGCCUGGGAAUUCUCUGAAUGGAUAUGCAAAAACUGAUGAAGUCCGAGGAAAUCCAAGAAAUUUGAGAGUUUCUGAUGCUACAACAUCAACAAUGAAGCUGACUUGGGAUGCUGCUCCUGGCAAAGUGCAGCAGUACUUUAUAACAUACACUCCAGUCGCAGGAGGUGAAACUAAAGAAGUGACUGUGAAAGGCGACACUACCGCUAAAGUGCUGAAAGGCUUGGACCAAGCCACUAGGUACGCAUUGACUGUGUCUGCCUUGUAUGCCUCCGGAGCCGGAGAGGCCCUUUCUGGAGAGGGAGAAACACUGGAAGAACGUGGUUCACCACGUAAUUUGGUUACCACAGACAUAACUGACACUACAGUUGGGUUAUCAUGGACACCAGCUCCAGGAGCAGUUAAUAAUUAUAGGAUAGUAUGGAAAUCACUUUAUGAUGAUACAAUGGGAGAGAAGAGAGUCCCUGGAAAUACAGUGGAUGCUGUGCUAGAGGGCUUGGAGCCGGAGACUAAAUACAGGAUUUCAGUAUACGCAACUUACAGAAGUGGAGAUGGAGACCCAGUAGAAGGAGAGGCUUUUACUGAUGUGUCACCAAAUGCCAGGACUGUGACAGUAGACAAUGAGACAGAAAAUACAAUGAGAGUUACAUGGCAGCCUUCACCCGGGAAAGUCUUGUCUUACCGUGUCUACUACCGACCACGCAGUGGAGGAAGACAGAUGUUUGGAAGAGUAAAUGCUCCUGCUACAAGCAUAGUGUUAAAGCGACUUAAGCCACGAACUACAUAUGACCUCAGUGUUGUUCCAAUUUAUGAUUUUGGACAAGGAAAAUCAAGAAAAGCAGAAGGAACAACAGCCUCUCCCUUUAAACCUCCUCGAAAUCUGAGAACUUCUGAUUCAACUAUGUCAAGUUUCCGAGUAACCUGGGAGCCAGCCCCAGGACGAGUGAAGGGAUACAAAGUAACUUUCCACCCUACGGAAGAUGAUGGGAGUCUUGGAGAAUUAAUAGUGGGGCCAUACGACAGCACAGUGGUAUUGGAGGAGCUUAGGGCAGGAACUACCUAUAAGGUAAAUGUUUUUGGAAUGUUUGAAGGAGGAGAGAGCAAUCCCCUGGUUGGACAAGAGAUGACCACCCUUUCAGAUACUACCUCGGAGCCAUUUUUAUCUAGAGGGUUAGAAUGUAGAACCAGAGCAGAAGCUGACAUCGUGCUGCUGGUGGAUGGCUCAUGGAGUAUUGGGCGGCCAAAUUUUAAAACUAUCAGGAACUUCAUUGCCCGCAUUGUUGAAGUUUUUGAUAUUGGUCCUGACAAAGUACAGAUUGGUCUUGCACAGUAUAGUGGAGAUCCCAGGACAGAAUGGAAUCUCAAUGCUUACAGAACCAAACAGGCUUUGUUAGAGGCUGUGGCCAAUUUACCAUAUAAAGGAGGCAAUACUCUAACAGGAAUGGCCUUGGAUUUCAUCUUAAAAAACAACUUCAAGCAAGACGCAGGCUUAAGGCCCAGAGCUCGCAAAAUUGGUGUUCUCAUCACUGAUGGCAAAUCACAAGAUGAUGUAGUCACCCCUUCAAGAAGACUCAGAGAUGAGGGAGUGGAACUUUAUGCAAUUGGUAUUAAAAAUGCAGAUGAAAAUGAAUUAAAGCAGAUUGCAACGGAUCCAGAUGACAUCCAUGCUUACAACGUUGCCGAUUUCUCCUUCCUGGCGAGCAUUGUUGAUGAUGUAACUACAAAUCUGUGUAAUAGUGUGAAAGGUCCAGGUGAUUUACCACCUCCCUCUAACCUAGUUAUUUCAGAAGUGACACCUCGUUCUUUCAGACUGAGAUGGAGUCCACCUCCUGAAAGUGUUGAUAGAUACAGAGUUGAAUAUUACCCUACCUCUGGAGGUAGCCCUCAACAGUUUUAUGUAAGUAGGAUGGAAACAACGACAGUUCUGAAAGAUCUGAAACCUGAAACAGAAUAUGUUGUUAACGUGUUUUCUGUGGUAGAAGAUGAAAGCAGUGAACCACUGAUCGGCAGGGAAACAACUUUGCCCAUCUCUUCAGUUAGAAACCUGAAUGUUUAUGAUAUUGGAUCAACUUCCAUGAGAGUGAGAUGGGAACCUCUCAAUGGAGCUACUGGUUAUUUGUUAACAUAUGAACCUGUGAAUGCCACAGUCCCAACCACAGAGAAAGAGAUGCGUGUUGGACCGUCAGUGAAUGAGGUUCAGCUGGUAGAUCUCAUCCCCAAUACUGAGUACACUUUAACAGCUUACGUAUUGUUUGGAGAUAUUACCAGUGACCCACUCACCACCCAGGAAGUGACAUUACCUUUGCCUGGACCCAGAGGCUUAGCAAUUCAAGAUGUUACUCACAGUAGCAUGAAUGUCCUUUGGGAUCCUGCCCCAGGGAAAGUUCGAAAAUACAUCCUAAGAUACAAAAUAGCUGAUGAAGCAGAUGUAAAGGAGGUGGAAAUCGACAGAUUGAAAACCAGCACUACUCUUUCCGACCUUUCCUCCCAAACACUGUAUAAUGUAAAAGUUGUAGCUGUCUACGAUGAAGGGGAAUCCCUACCGAUAAAUGCUGAAGCUGUCACUCAGCCUGUGCCAGCACCAGUCAAUCUCAGAAUCACAGAUGUAACCACGAAUAGUUUUAGAGGAACUUGGGAUCAUGGAGCUUCAGAUGUCUCUCUGUAUAGAAUAACCUGGGGACCCUAUGGAAGACCGGAAAAACAGGAGACUAUCUUAAAUGGGGACGAAAAUAGUUUGGUCUUUGAAAAUCUGAAUCCAGAUACAUUAUAUGAUAUCUCAGUUACUGCCAUUUAUCCUGAUGAAUCGGAAAGUGAUGACCUCAUUGGCAGUGAACGAACGUUACCCUUGGUACCUAUCACCACACAAGCCCCAAAGAGUGGCCCACGGAACCUUCAGGUGUACAAUGCAACUUCACAUAGUUUGACUGUGAAGUGGGAUCCCGCCAGUGGUCGAGUGCAGAGAUACAGGAUCAUUUACCAGCCUAUCAGUGGGGAUGGCCCUGAGCAGUCGACUAUGGUUGGAGGGCGGCAGAAUAGUGUGGUGAUACAGAAGCUGCAGCCUGACACACCAUAUGCUAUUACAGUGUCGUCACUGUAUGCAGAUGGUGAAGGGGGACGAAUGACAGGACGAGGCAGAACCAAACCUCUCACUACUGUGAAGAACUUGCUAGUUUAUGACCCAACCACCAGUACUCUGAACAUUCGGUGGGAUCAUGCAGAAGGAAGUCCUCGCCAGUAUAAAGUGUUCUAUGGACCUACAGCUGGAGGUGCAGAAGAAAUGACCACAGUACCAGGAAACACAAACUAUGUCAUCCUGAGAACUCUUGAACCCAACACGCCUUACACUGUAACUGUGGUUCCAGUUUUCCCAGAAGGAGAUGGUGGACGUGUCUCUGACACUGGAAGAACUUUGGAGAGAGGAACACCAAGAAACAUUCAAGUUUACAAUCCCACACCAAACAGCAUGAAUGUCCGAUGGGAACCCGCUCCAGGUCCAGUGCAGCAAUAUAGAAUUAAUUAUUCUCCACUGUCUGGCCCAAGGCCAUCAGAAUCUAUUGUGGUACCAGGCAACACUCGUGAUGUGAUGCUGGAGCGCUUGACUCCUGACACUGCUUACUCAAUAAAUGUUAUAGCUUUGUAUGCAGAUGGAGAAGGAAAUCCAAGCCAAGCACAGGGAAGAACAUUGCCUCGCAGUGGUCCAAGGAAUGUGAGAGUGUUCGAUGAGACCACAAACAGCCUUUCUGUGCAAUGGGACCAUGCUGAUGGGCCAGUCCAGCAGUACAGAAUCAUUUAUUCACCCACUGUGGGAGACCCUAUUGAUGAAUAUACAACAGUUCCUGGGAUAAGAAAUAAUGUGAUACUACAACCACUGCAAUCUGAUACACCAUAUAAAAUUACCGUUGUGGCUGUGUAUGAAGAUGGAGAUGGUGGACAACUGACUGGAAAUGGCAGAACUGUCGGCCUGCUUCCUCCUCAAAAUAUGUAUAUAACUGAUGAAUGGUAUACACGAUUCAGAGUUUCCUGGGAUCCUUCACCAUCCCCUGUUCUUGGCUAUAAAAUUGUAUACAAACCUGUGGGUUCAAAUGAGCCCAUGGAGGUUUUUGUGGGAGAAGUGACUUCCUACACCUUGCAUAAUCUGUCUCCCAGUACUACAUAUGAUGUGAAUGUUUAUGCCCAGUAUGAUUCUGGAAUGAGCAUACCUUUGACAGAUCAAGGCACUACAUUAUAUUUGAAUGUCACUGACCUAACAAGUUACAAAGUGGGUUGGGAUACUUUCUGUAUCCGAUGGUCACCUCAUCGGUCAGCAACUUCUUACAGACUGAAACUAAACCCGGCAGAUGGUUCUAGAGGACAGGAAAUCACAGUACGUGGAUCAGAAACAAGCCAUUGUUUUACUGGCCUCUCACCAGACACAGAAUACAAUGCUACCGUCUUUGUUCAGACCCCUAACCUUGAGGGACCUCCAGUGUCUAUCAGGGAGCAUACAGUCCUCAAACCUACAGAAGCACCAACUCCACCACCUACACCUCCUCCACCUCCCACAAUCCCUCCAGCUCGGGAUGUAUGCAGAGGUGCCAAAGCAGACAUAGUAUUCUUGACUGAUGCUUCCUGGAGUAUUGGUGAUGAUAACUUCAACAAAGUAGUGAAAUUUGUUUUUAAUACAGUAGGAGCCUUUGACUUGAUUAAUCCUGCUGGAAUCCAGGUUUCAUUUGUGCAGUACAGUGAUGAGGCAAAAUCUGAAUUUAAACUAAAUACGUUUGAUGACAAGGCCCAGGCCCUGGGAGCUCUUCAAAAUAUUCAGUACAGAGGAGGAAACACAAGGACAGGCAAAGCCCUGACUUUUAUUAAGGAAAAGGUUUUGACUUGGGAGAGUGGCAUGAGGCGUGGUGUUCCCAAGGUACUUGUUGUUGUCACCGAUGGUCGGUCUCAGGAUGAAGUGAGGAAAGCAGCAACGGUCAUACAGCACUCUG